GCACCUUUUGGUGGGAGGGUCUGUCUCCUGACUUAUGCAACACAGUUUGUAUAUAAGUCGUCUGUAGUCUGCUGCUCAGACCAGACUUGACACUUCCAGGUCCCGUCUCUCGUGAAGAAGCCGCUUGGUUGCAGCAGUCCUGCAGAGUCUCGUCAGCAUGUCUGAGUCAGGAAAAUGCACCUCUAUCAUCAACCUGCGCUACCAAGAUGGCAGCGAGGGAAGCCCCUCCAACCCCGCCAAGUUCAACAACCAAGACUACGCCCAGCUGAAAGAUAACUGCCUCCGCAGAGGCAGACUGUUUGUGGACAACACCUUCCCACCGAACAACCAGUCUCUGGGUGACCUGCCUGAUCUGAGCAGCUGGCGUGAAGCCCAAGUGGAGUGGCUUCGUCCGGCUGACAUCCUGAAAGCACAAAACAACAACGAUGAGCCGAUCUUCUGUUCCAAAGGAGCCUCGAGGUUCGACUUCGGUCAAGGCAGUGUUGGUAACUGCUGGUUCCUGGCUGCAAUUUCCGCACUGACAUUCCACAAAAGCCUGAUGGUGCAAGUCGUACCGAUGGACCAGUCCUUCAAGAACUAUACAGGGAUCUUUCACUUCAGGUUCUGGAGGUUUGGCAAGUGGGUGGAUGUUGUUAUUGACGACCACCUGCCAACGAUCGACAACAAAUUACUGUCAGUGCACGCCAAAAGUGGGAACGAGUUCUGGGUUCCUCUGCUGGAGAAAGCAUACGCCAAAGUGUGCGGCUCAUACGCAGACAUGAACGCUGGCUUGCCAUCAGAGGCCUGCAAGGAUUUCAGCGGAGGGGUGCACAUGACCUACAAACUCAGGGAGGAACACUCGUCAGGCCACGACGAUGAGCUGUGGCUCGCCCUGAGCAGAGCCACCGGCUGCAACUCCAUGAUCUGCUGUGGGACGGCCCAGAAAGGGGAUAAGCUGGUGAACACUGUGGCUCACACUGGAUUGGUGGAUGCUCACGCCUAUUCCGUCACCGCAGUCACAAAGGUCAAUUAUUACGGCUCCGAGGUGAAGCUGGUGCGAGUCAUGAACCCUUGGGGCAGAACAGAGUGGAACGGAAAGUGGAGCGACAAGUCGGAUAUGUGGCAGAAGGUAAGCCCAGAGGAUCAGGAGAAGUGUUCUGACCGCGACGACGGAGAGUUUUGGAUGGAGUUGGAGGACUUCUGUCACUACUUCAUGAUAGUGUCCAUCUGCUGCGAGAACCCUAACUUUAUCGAUGGAGACCUCACCUGCCAGUGGAAAUGCAUGAUUUACGACGGCAGCUGGGUGGCUGGAAGAUCUGCAGGCGGCAACGUGUCCAAACCUACCUUUGCGACGAAUCCUCAGUAUCGCAUCCAGGUGACUAUAAUAGACGAGAAGGAAGUCGACGACAAAAACAUCCUGCUGUCUCUGAUGCUCAAACCAAAGCAGCAGCAUCGCAACCGGAUGAAGUCGGAGCUGAUUGGCCUCACGCUCUUCAAGGUUCCACCAGGGACACCACAGGGACGCCUGGGCGACAGCUUCUUCAGGAGAAACAGGCCCCUGAAGCAGACGCAGACUUACACCCCCGAGAGGGAUCUGAUUGAGCAUCACAGUCUGCAGCCGGGAGAGUACGUGAUCGUCCCGUCCACCAUGCAGCCAUACGUCAACGGAGACUUCGUUCUCACUGUCUACUCCAAGUCUGAGACCAAAAUCAGCCCCCAUGACGGACACGGUGACGAUGAUGACCAUGAAGACCACAAAGAGGAGGAUUUGAAACUCCCCGAGAUUCCUGACAAAGACGAUGACAAGAAGAAUGAGACCACUGAAAAGGAUCCAAUCCGUUCUAUAUUCAACCGCUACGCUGAUCAGAGAGGCGAGCUGAGCGCCAGGCAGCUCCAGAGGCUCCUGAAUGACAACUUCCCUCACGGAACCUCGAGCGGCUUUUACUUUGGUCUGGACACCUGCAGGAGCAUGAUGGCCAUGGUGGAUACCGACCAACGGAUGACGACGUCCUUCUCUGAAUUCUCAACUCUCUGGAAGAAGAUCGAGGAAUAUCAGAAACUCUUCCAGCGCUCAGAUUUGAACAACAGUGGAUCUCUGUCUGACUAUGAGCUCAGUAGGGCAAUCGAGGCCGCAGGAAUCGACACCAACGAUGGCAUGGUGCAGCUGAUGAUGUUCCGCUACUCGGGCUACUCGUACACCUCCUUGGAGAGCUUCAUCACCCUCAUGGUGCGCAUGGACAAGAUGUCAAAUCUUUUCAAUGACAAGGCAUCAGAAGGGAUCAUUCACAUGUCCUGGGACGAGUGGUCCAAUGUCUUCAUGUACAACUAGACCAACACUGACAUACAGGACAGGAUUCCUGCAAUCAAACAGCAGGGAGACAUCACAAACAUGUUUCUGUGAUCGAAUAAUCCUUGUUGAAUAAACAUUAUCUUCUGAAUUUUGGGUUGGAAUCUUGAUUUCUUGCAGACAUUUUUACACCAAACAAACAGGAAGCAACAGAAGAACGGUGGACCAGAAAUGGUUUUAUUUACUCGUCACCGACUACAUCAGGAAGGAUACAAAACCUCAACCAAAGUGAUCAAACACAACAUCGAUGACUCAUUCCCUUCGUCCAUCUCACGAAUUAGCCAAUAAGAUAACAUUUCCUAUUUACACUUAUUCCUUGAUGUGAUGUCACAAGAGCCUCAAAAUUCAUAUUUACAAGUCAGCCUUUUUUAUUCCACGAAGAUAAAUCAAAAAUCCACCUGUUACAAGUCCAGAAAAGUAUCAUCCAGGUCUCUGCUCGGUCACUGAAGACCACGAGCACGCUCUACUGUCUGAAUCUGUUCACUGCAGCGUAUGGUGGAGGAUGAGGUUGGCAAAAUUCAAUAUUUUCUUCACAAAUCCCAUGCAAAGAAUAAACCCAACAAUCCAUCGAGCCUACUAAGGAAUAUUGUUCUAUGCCACAGAGCUCGACACAAAACAACUGUCCUAUUUACAUCUAUCUGACGAGCAUUUGCAACAAACUACAGCACUCAGAUUUGUAGGCAAUUACUGAGCGUUGAAAAGAAUAAACAUUUUUAAUGAUUCACAUCUUCCGUGGGAGCCAAUGGCUCAGACUCCAAUCGUCAACAUCACAGAUUCUAUGGGUCUCUGUUUAAGUAGUGCACAAAGAUAGUUCAGUAGGCAGAGAGUUUGAAAUGAGACUGAAGUUAAGAUAUUAAAAAAGUUACCACCAUGACACUGCCACUGGCCUACAUGCUGCUUUAAGUUGAACGUGACACACCAGAAAAAACACAAAGGCAAACUUGUCUUCUGGGAAUGGGAAAGGAAUCAAUCCUCAUGUUUUUUGUUUUGUUAAGAAAAGCUCUAUACACACGCUAAUUUCAGUGUAAAGAUGAUUUGACUGUUGGUCUCGUCCUUUAAAUGGGAUUUCUUGAAAAAAA